AUGUUGCUUGGGUUUAUUUUUCUGGAAUAUGGUGUAGGAGCCUAUGCACUGUGCCGCCCCAACCGUCACACCAUCUCCGGCUACUUCCUGGCUGGUCGCUACAUGUGGUGGCUGCCGGUUGGAGCGUCACUCUUCGCCAGCAACAUCGGAGCAGAACACUUGAUAGGUAUGGCUGGGUCUGGCGCUGCUAGUGGCAUCGCCGUCGGGGCUUUCAACUUUAUAUCGAUCAUCUUGCUCCAGCUGAUGAGUUGGGUUUUCCUGCCUGUCUUCAUUGCCAGCAGGGUCCGCACGGUGCCAGAGUACAUGACCAAGAGAUUUGGAGGACAGCGCAUACAGAUGUACCUGGCCGUACUCUCCCUCGUCCUCUACAUCUUCACCAAGAUCUCUGUAGAUCUAUACUCAGGAGCGCUUUUCAUCAACCAGGCUUUUAAAUGGGACAUUUUUGGAUCUAUAUUAGCACUUCUUGUGAUGACUGCCAUCUUCACCAUGACGGGAGGUCUGGCUGCUGUCAUCUACACAGACACACUCCAGUUUUUCAUCAUGAUCAUCGGUGCACUUGUCGUCAUGAGCAAAGCCUUCCACGAAGUAGGUGGGUACGAGGCCCUCCAAUACAAGUACAUGCGAGCGGUGCCCAAGCUGAGGCCGGAGAACUCAACAUGUGGGAUCCCAAGAGCAGACUCGUGGGUGAUGCUCCGGGACCCCGUCACUUCUGACCUACCCUGGCCAGCCUUCUUGUUGGGCCAAACUCCUGCUUCUAUAUGGUAUUGGUGUGCUGACCAGAUGAUGAUUCAACGAGCACUGGCGUCGAAGAAUCUCUCACAUGCUAAAGGUGCAACACUGUUUACUGCAUAUGCAAAGAUCUUACCAUUCUUUAUGAUAAUCCUGCCGGGUAUGAUAUCCCGUGUGCUCUUUCCUGAGGACGUUGCUUGUGUGUUGCCUGAAGAAUGCAUGCGUUCCUGUGGCUCCAGUUCUUCUUGCUUCAACUCUGCCUACCCACGGUUGAUUGUAGGCAUCAUGCCUGCUGGACUCAGAGGACUCAUGCUUUCUGUAAUGCUGGCUGCACUGAUGAGUGACCUAACGUCCAUUUUCAAUUCAGCGUCUACCAUGUUUUCUUUAGACCUUUGGCCUCGUAUACGUCCCAAAGCGGAAACACGCGAGCUUCUAAUAGUGGGAAAACUAUUUAUUGUGUUUCUGGUAGUUGUAUCGGUGGCCUGGGUGCCCAUCAUCGAGGAGGUACAGAGCGGCGAGCUUUUCAUCUACAUCCAGAAGAUUGGAGCCUAUCUGUCGCCACCCAUCGCCUGUGUGUAUACCAUGGCAAUCCUGUGGAAACGUAUGAACGAGCAGGGAGCCUUCUGGGGUCUGAUGGCGGGGCUGGUGAUCGGUGUCACACGUAUGGCUUUGGAUUUCUUGUUCCCACCUCCAGCGUGUUGGCAACACGAGUACCGUCCGCUCAUUGUACAGCUGAACUUUAUGUACUUCGCUGCGUUGCUUUUCUGGACGACUGCCAUUGUUUCCAUGGUAGUGUCCCUCAUGACACAACCACAGGAGAGCCACAGGCUAAUUGGAACUACUUUCAUGACUCGAUUUGACAAAGCUGAGAGAGAGAAUGAGAGACACUCGACCGUAGACCUUCCUGGUGACACAAAUAUCGAAAUGAACAUUGUUCAGCAAGAAAGUGGACAAGAGGAGGUGACGACCGCAUCAGGUGAAAUUAAAUUCCUCACCUGGAUGAAGAAAUCAUUGUGGUGGAUGUGUGGCCUCCAGACCCCAGUGCAGUCUUCUGUGUCACACAACAGCCUCCCGACCCCAGGCAGUCUUCGUGUCAACAACACCUCCGACCCCCGAGCAGUCUUCUGGUUGGUUAGUAUUGAUGAGUAA